UGUGACACAAUCAGGUAGCUAACUACCUGCAACUAUCGCAGUAACUUCAACUAACUUAACAUUUGUUUCACGUAAUGUUUGUCACUACAAUUGUAAACUGAUCCAAGAUCAAUUUCUGUGGGUCAAACAAGGACAUCAAUGAGUGUUUUUCGCGUGAAUUCGGGAAAUGCUCCGGAGGGCCAGACGUUUGCAUAGCUAAGGAAACGGCAAAAGUCUCUGCAUGUUUAUGUGAGAAGCAGCUGAAAAAACAAUGGAAUUAAUCUGCAUUCGUUUCAUUAGAAGCGGACAGCUGUAUAAUUUAAGGGCCUAUAGUCGAAGUUGGCACCGGGACUUUGGCACUUCUCUCAAUCGGCACAGAGCAUGCAGUCUUCAGAAGAACAGAGCUCUGGCACCAGGCUGUUUCCAGGUGGGCAGAAGCAGCCAGUCUCCACUAUGCCAACAACAGCUGACAGCAGACCCGCUUUGCCAACGAUGUAGACCAGUUCACCAUGCCUACCUGACUGCUCCUCCUGAUGCUAAGGGCACGCUCUUCAGUCUGGGUGUGUCCUACCAGAAGGGAUUUCUCCAACAUAUUCCAGCACCUCACUGUGUGCACAAUUUCCACACAUCGGGACCCUUGAGAGCCCUGCCAAUGCCCCUUCUAUUGCUACUCCUCAAGCCGUUACAGAAGCUGGCGGCUAUUAUUCUGGGAAGGAGCGUCAGGAAAUGGUGGGGGGCUCUCCCGCCCAAUCGGAAGGAGUUGCUGAAACAGGCAGUGUGGAGGUACAGGUGGCACAUAACAGCAGGAGGGGUGCUCCUGCUGGUAGCCUUGUCCAUGUUCAUCUUCACCCAUCUGGAUGAGUCUCCUGUCACCGGGCGCACCCGCCUGCUGCUGUUCAGCCGAGAGAACUUCAUGGAUCUGGCCAACGCAACUUCAGAGGGGUACAUGGAGCUGUACAAGGAGUCAUUUAUUCCAUUGGAGGACCCCAGACACAAGGUGGUGGAGACCGUGGUCAAGCACCUGGCCCAGAGGAACCAGGACAUAGAAGAGCUGUCCAGAGUUCCUUGGAGUGUCCAUGUGGUGGACAAUCCCGCCAUCAACGCCUUUGUCCUGCCCAAUGGGAAGGUGUUCAUCUUCACUGGCAUGCUGGAGGCCGUGGCUGACAUCCAUCAGCUCACCUUCAUUUUGGGUCAUGAGAUGGCCCAUGCCCUGAUCGGCCACUCGGCGGAGCAGGCCAGCCUGUCCCACCUGUUGGACGUCCUUUCCCUCCUCGUGCUCACGGCCAUCUGGGCCGUGUGUCCUCAGGACAGCCUGGCCGCGCUGGGACACUGGGUCCAGGGGAAACUUGUACAGGUCAUGUUCAAUCGGCCGUUCAGCAGGAAACUGGAGGCAGAAGCUGACAAGGUUGGACUACAGUUGGCUGCUAAGGCUUGUGCCGAUGUACGGGCGGGACCAGUCUUUUGGCAGCAAAUGGAGAUUUCAGAUCAGCUGAGGGGAGACACCAAUGUGCCUGAAUGGCUCUCCACACACCCUUCCCACAGGAAUCGCAUCGCCCAAUUGGACCGCUUGGUCCCUGAGGCUCUGGAGCUGAGGGCGGCCUGCGAAUGCCCCGCCUUGCCUGGCACCGACCCCCGCACCAUUUUCUCCAAGAGCGUCAAGCUGCUUCUGAACAGCGUGCAGGUGAAGGGCCAAGAUGGGGAACACAAGGGGACCGGGGGUCUAGGGGCCCUCACUCCUGCUCAGGUGCCUGCAGUGGCGAAUCAGGGGGCACAGCCUCAGCUAGCGGCCCCUCCCUCCCUCCCCCAGGCUGGAGCGCUGGGGGCCCCUCCCUCCCUCCCCCAGGCUGGAGUGCUAGGGGCCCCUCCCUCCUUCCCCCAGGCUGGAGCGCUAGGGGCCCCUCCCUCCCUCCCCCAGGCCGGAGUGCUAGGGGCCCCUCCCUCCUUCCCCCAGGCCCUGGUCAGCAAGCAGGCGGAGCUGCCACCUCCCAGGAAACUCGAGGAGGAACCGAAGACGUCCUGA